UUAAAUAACCGAGACAACGCGCGAACCUUUAAUCUUUUACAGUACCUGAUCUGACCUACAGGUCGUUGACCUUUAGUCGCGGUCACUUCAAGAUGGCGGAAAGUUUGUAUGACAUGUGGACACUGCUUAUGAAACGGCGGGCAGAAUGGCCAGUAGCUACUCUUCUCAUCGGUGUAACUGCAACUGUAGCAACCUAUUACCUCAAAUAUGUUGCCAAGAAGCCAGUGCUGAUAACAGGCAGUAAGAGUUGUGCAGACUUCCUCCAGCACCACUGUCCUGUCCUGGUACAGGAGUACUACCCUACUGUCUGGUGCUUCACAUCGCAGGCACACACCCUCCUGUGUUCAGUAUUGUAUUUGUUCCCAUUACAGAAGCCAUUGCUGAUAACAGGCAGUAAGAGUUGUGCAGACUUCCUCCAGCACCACUGUCCUGUCCUGGUACAGGAGUACUACCCUACUGUCUGGUGCUUCACAUCGCGGGCACACACCAUCCUGUGUUCAGUAUUGUAUUUGUUCCCAUUACAGAAGCCAGUGCUGAUAACAGGCAGUAAGAGUUGUGCAGACUUCCUCCAGCACCACUGUCCUGUCCUGGUACAGGAGUACUACCCUACUGUCUGGUGCUUCACAUCGCGGGCACACACCAUCCUGUGUUCAGUAUUGUAUUUGUUCCCAUUACAGAAGCCAGUGCUGAUAACAGGCAGUAAGAGUUGUGCAGACUUCCUCCAGUGCCACUGUCCUGUCCUGGUACAGGAGUACUACCCUACUGUCUGGUGCUUCACAUCGCGGGCACACACCAUCCUGUGUUCAGUAUUGUAUUUGUUCUCAUUACAGAAGCCAGUGCUGAUAACAGGCAGUAAGAGUUGUGCAGACUUCCUCCAGCACCACUGUCCUGUCCUGGUACAGGAGUACUACCCUACUGUCUGGUGCUUCACAUCGCGGGCACACACCAUCCUGUGUUCCAUUGCUGGCAACCUCGCCAAGAAGCUGCCACCAUACAGGAAAGACAUCUUACCCACCCCUGAUGGUGGAGAGAUCCACUUGGAAUGGCUGGAUCACCAUGGUAAUGAUUGCCAUGACAACAGGACAUGCCCCAUUGUUGUCAUUCUCCCUGGUCUCUCAGGAAACAGUGCCUCCCAUUAUGCCAUCAGACUCGCCAAAGGAGCUACCAAGAAGUGUUACAGAGGUGUUGUUUUUAACCAUAGGGGCUCCAAUGGGGUAAAGCUAAAGUCUAAUAGGCUGUACUGCGCCGCUGACUCAGAGGAUUUUCAACUCGUUGUCAGCCACAUCAAGAAGCUUUACCCAGACGCCCCACUCAUGGCUGUGGGAUGUUCCAUGGGAGGUAUGAUCCUGUUCAACUACCUGGCUAAGCAUGGUGAGAAUUGUGGGCUGGUGGCGGCCAUGGUUGUAGGCAUGCCGUGGGAGGCCAACAAGACAGGAGAUUCUCUACAACAACCGUUAAAUCGGCUGGUGUUCAACAAAAACCUGGUCCGCCAGCUCAGGAGGGAUCUACGUUUUAACCGUGACCUGUUUGACAACGAUGACAGAGUGGAUGUGGACUAUACCCUUCAGUCCUCUACAGUUAAGGACUUUGACGACCGUUUCACCAUCAAACUGUUUGGCUUCGACUCGGUGCGCCACUACUACACGACGGCGAGUGCCUGCUACAAAAUCAACAGGGUCAAAAUCCCUCUACUCAGCCUGAACUCGGCCGAUGACGUCUUUGCUCCCUUUGACUCAAUUCCAACUGAGGAUAUAAAGAAAAACCCAAACAUCUCAUUGGUGGUGACAUCGCAUGGCGGACAUGUCGGCUUUGGUGAUUGGCUGUCCCCUACACGUGAGAGUUUCUUGGACAAACUGUACCAGCAGUACAUCGACGCUGUCUUCAAGUACGGGGAGAAGGAACUUAAAGGGACACACUUGAAGAAAUAACGAUGGAGGACUUCAGUGAAGUAAUGCAGACAGACUACCUCAGCUUACAGUAUAUAUGUUAGGUACUGUCUAUGGCUUCCAGGGUUGUAGCCAUUACCCGUCCUUCUGUCCUUUGAGGGAAUUUUGUAGCUGGGGACGGAAAAAACUUUUGCCCAUUCCGUCCUCUGUAACAAACAAAAAUCGGUAUGUAAAGAUAUAAAAAAACUGUUUCCCUUGUGUAAUUCUUCACCAAAACAGAUGCCAUUGAACAGCUUAGUCUACCACCUCAAAAUGCAAGAAUUACAUUUCAGAGGGUCUAGAUUUCGAAAUUUAGACCGUUCCCUCAUAGGAACGUCGCACCUUCGGUGCUGGGUAGGAUUCAAAAUCAAGGGGACAGAAAAUUAUUUCAGGUUGGCCACAACCCUGAUGGCUUCAAUCUUUUUCUGUCCAACCCAUAGUAUGCAUGGAAGCCCAUAUUAUUGCUUUUUAUUGUUAAAGCUGCCAUAUGAAAACAUGUUUUCAUCAGUUUCAUGUCACGAAAUUUAGAUUUUUUUUUUAACUGUUGGUGUGAAAUUUUUGCCUGUCCAACCAACCAACUUCCAUCUGUGGAUGGAGGGAUCUAAGGCCCUGGAAAUAGCCCUUACUUGCAGUUAGUUUAUUCCAUACAUUUGUUAGGAGCUUACUUGCACAUUUCAGAGUUUUGUGUGGUUUCGUUUGAAAGCACUAAACGGAUUUUAGGACGUAUUUUAAGAAUUAUUGAAAAGUAACUACAAACUUGUUCCAAUGGCAAUGAAUAGUUAACUUCAGUGACUAGGUAUGUUCCCUUUGAUACAUUUUAACUUGAGUUUUCAUUUGGCUUUGUUGUUUUGACUUCCAAUAUCAUUGCAAUAUGUGUAAUACAUGAAUGAAAAAUAAUAUAUGAAAUAUUCAUUAUCGUUGCUAAAGUUCAAUCAUGUAAUUCUAUCUAACAUUGACAAAUCUAUUCAUAGAUCAUUAUUGAGGGUACACAAAAGGACUGAAACAUUGUAUAUUAGAAAGAAAGCAUUUAUUAAGAGUCUGUACAAUGAUCACUUCUUUCAAUGACCUGUUUGGACCUUAUUUCCGGGUUAGCACCACUUUGCCCGGAAACACAUAU